AAUGGAAGUGCCUGCGAACCCUGUUCUGAUGACGUAACACCACUCACUAUCUUAUCAGCCAGGCGCAAUGCUGUGGACUUCUCAACUGUGCUGACAGUGAAUAGGAUCACGUGAUAGUAUUCGCUCGUUUCUACGUACGGACUACUGUGGUCCUGACAGUAUCGACUGGUAACUCAGGUGCGAGUGAUGGCAGUGUCCAAUGGUGAUAUCUGCGUGUGGACCUGCACGCACUGUUCCCAUGCAUCCAACCCUUCGUGGUCAAAUCACUGUGGCCAGUGCAGCCAGGCAAAGGACAACCAGCUUCCAGCAGGCAAACGAAGAUGGAUUUGCGACAUCUGUACCAUACUGAAUCAUGCUGCGGCCAUGCUCUGCGAUACUUGUGGAAGAGAAAAAACAAGAACAGCUCCUCUGGAAUGUAACACCUUAAAGAAAGGACAAUAUUGGUCAUGUAGCAAGUGCACCCUAAAAAAUUCUAUUCACCAGCGGAAGUGUAAGGCUUGUGAAACUGUAAGAGUUACUAUAGAAGGUCCGAAAUCGAAUGGUACAAUGCUAUCACAUGAUGGUAUUAAAGCUCGUCCUGAUAUACCAGUACAUGUCACCGGUCAACGUGCAGUGGUUAAUAAGAAGACAGCGACACCCAGAAAUGAACAGAAAUCGUGGCAAUGCACUAAGUGUACAUACAAGAACAUUGAAACAGCGGAUAUUUGCAAGGUAUGUAAAAAUUCAAGAACUGAUAGUUUCUCCGAUCUAAGCUUCAUAAGGGCUAAGAGUUCUACCCAACUCAAGGCCGCCACAGUCAAACACAAAAGCGAACUCCUGGAUGUUCUGAGACUCAUUGAAGAACAGAAAGCAACAGAGACGAGAGAUUUUAUCUUGACAUACUGCAUGUUGAAUAAUGAGCCUUUUGUAGACGACUCAUUUCCACCAGCUCCAAAAUCGCUUUACUACAAACCAAGCAAAUACAAUGAAACUAGUGUUUCAAAAUGGCUUCGUCCAAAUGAAAUUAAAAUGGACGGCGACUCCAGCCUAAACUGGGCUGUAUUCCGAAACCCAUCACCUUCUGAUAUAACACAAGGCAUUCUAGGAAACUGCUGGUUCCUGAGCUCAUUAGCUGUUCUGGCAGAGAGAGAGGACUUGGUGAAAAAUGUUAUAGUGACACGAGAAAUAUGUGAGCAUGGGCUUUAUCAGGUGCGGCUGUGCAAGGACGGAAACUGGACCACAAUUCUCGUUGAUGAUCUUUUACCUUGUGACCAGUAUGGACGACUAGUCUACUCUAAAGCUAAAAGAAAGCAGUUGUGGGUACCACUUAUUGAGAAAGCUGCGGCAAAAAUUCACGGUUGUUAUGAAGCACUGGUGUCGGGUAGGGCAAUUGAAGGACUGCGUAUUUUGACAGGGGCACCAUGUGAAACCAUAAACUUACAGCCGCUGCCGGGUGAGGACCUAGACCAUAACCUGACAUGGGCUACGUUACUAAGUUCUCGUUCUGCUGGGUUCCUGAUGGGUAUAUCCUGUGGUGGGUCUAAUGUGAAUAUCAACAAUGAUGGAUACAAAUGCAUGGGACUGAAACCUAACCAUUCGUAUUCUGUACUGGACGUCAAACAUGAAUAUGGAAACCGUCUGCUAAGACUUCGUAAUCCAUGGGGACAUUACUCGUGGAAUGGUGACUGGUCAGAUGAUUCUGUGACCUGGACACCGCACUUAAGGAAACUGCUUUCACCUAACAGUUCUUCUGAAGGAAUCUUCUGGAUAUCAUUUGAAGAUGUCCUCAGAUAUUUCGACACAAUCGACAUCUGCAAAGUAAGGUCACAUUGGAAUGAAGUACGUCUAUCAGGAAUGUUUCCUCCAUUAUCGUCGUCCAACCACUUGUCAUGCGUACUCCUCACUGUUCUUGAGGCGACUGAGGUAGAGUUAACACUCUUCCAACAAGAAAACCGGAUGUCAAAGAACUGUAGACUGAAUCUGUGCUUAGCUGUGUAUCGUGCUCCAUCUUUCCCACUGUCCCAUAUUGGACAUCUGAUGGGGAACAGUAAAGGCCAGAUGCAGAGUUGCGUUGGCUGUGAAACAAUGCUUGAACCUGGACAUUACAUUGCCGUCUGCAUGGCUUUUAACCACUGGGACAUGUCAAGAGUAGAACCCAAUCAACCUGCACCAGAAUAUGUCCUAGCAAUCCAUAGCUCCAAGCACCUUCUUGCCGAACAAGUGUCUGUUGAAAGAUGCUUGAUAGGUGAUGCACUUAUUGGUUUAGUGCUUGCCAAAGGACAUAAACAUAAUGCUGUUGAAGGUGUGACGAUAUACUCUUUGACGAAGUGCUGGACUGGCUUGGUUAUCGUGGUCGAAAAUCGACACAUGAAUAAGUGGGUCCAUGUCAAGAUCGACUGUAGUGACAGUUGCAACUUGGUGUCAACUCGUGGAGUGUUCCUAACAGCAGAUGCGGUUCCGCCACUGCAUAGACAAGUGAUUAUAGUGCUCUCCCAGCUGAAGCACAACAUGUCUGUGUUGUCAGACUUCAGCAUGAAACAUCGAUUGGCAAGCUCCAGCACUCUUGGGGUCUGGGGAACUGGACGUAACUGUCCACCAAUAGAUGGUCACCUGCAGGGCCUACAUGCACCUCGGCUGAUAAUAUGACCAGGUUCAUAAUGAAUCCUUAAACUUACAUCUAACAAGCUUGUUUUUGCAUUGAGCGUUAGUCAAUUUGACACAACACUUGCUACAGUAAAUUUAUUUCCCCUAUUGCCUAUCACCAAUUCCAUGGCGCAUCGCUGUCUGUUGAAACUAACUGGCAACCACAAAGACUACAAUUAAGUCACACAAAGAAAGUGACUCAUCUAGAGUCAAGGUCACUACCCUCUACUCUCCAUACAUCUUCAUAGCGUGGUGCUUUAUGAAUUAGGCGAAGGGAUAACUUUAACUUAAGGAAAUUUUUUGUAGACUGGCAAUAAUAAUCCACUGGAGCUAGGCAUAUAUGAUGCUUGUAAAAUUAACAGUACUUCAAUAUAUUUUGACCUAGUACUCUCUGUAACACAAGAAUCUAUUUUAUAUGAUCUGUGUACAAUUUUUGUAACACAGUCGAUCCUUCAGAAUGAAAAAUAAUUACCACUCAAAUUACAUAUUUGAUUCUAAAGGAUUAACUAACUUAAAAGAACCAUGUCCAUAGUGCAGAAUUCUUCUUGAGAAGACAAUGGCCAUUCUACUAUUCAAGGAAUUCUCUACCUUUUAUGGAAUCUUAAGGUUCACUGCUGUGUUCACAGGAGCCCAAAACUAGUCUCUGUCCCUGUGUCCCUGUGUUAACUAAUUAAGCACUACAUCAUGAAGGCGUAUGGGGGAGUGGGUGUAUAGAUCCACAUUUUCUUGACCUCUG